AUGUUUUUAUUCUUUUGUGUAGCAACUAGACAAACUGCCAAACUAUGCUAUGAUGGUAACACUAAUCAAUGUCCUUCGGAUUACCAGACAUUUAAUGAGAACAAUUUCGCAAAUUUGCAAUCAUUAUUCGACGAAUCCGAAACAGAAGCAACAAUUCACUUAUGUAAAUCCAUACCAGAUUUUAUGAAAAAUCCAUUAUACAUUGGAAGAAACAUGGAGUUAACUUUUUCAAAAUGCGAAACAUUAUCAGAGAAUCCAAAUAUGUCAAUUAGCAUAGGUAGUGCAAAUAGCCAAAGUACUAUGAAUUUCGAUGAUAUUAAAGUUAAUUUCAACGUUUCAGACUCAAGUUUUGAAGACAAUUAUUCUUUAUUUUUCACAAAUUCAUAUAUCUACAAAAAUGAUGCACUUAAUUUAUCCAGAUCAUAUUGUGACACAGAUACAUAUUCAUUCCCUUCCGUUUCUCAAAUCAAUUUCAAAAAUAUUAGUCUUUAUGGCCCAGUCAACAAAAUAUAUUUUGAUACAAAUAGUUCAAUGAAUGCAACAUACAUUUAUCAUGGUUCAGAAGUAUUAGUUUAUAAACCAAGUGAAAGUCAAAAUCUAUCCAUAUGUUCCGACCAAGUAAUCACAAUGGAUGGUGUCCAGGAUAUUAAAAUACCGUAUACUAUUUUAAUCAGUGGCGCUUCGGGAUUCUAUUUUGGACCAGGUUUGAAUUUAUCUUUUACACUAUAUCUUAAUUUUAGUUACAAUAAAGUAAUUACUGAUUUUCCAGAAUAUGCUAAUCUCUCUUCUAGUACUGAUAACUCAAUAACUUUGGAAUUUGUAAACUAUACAAACAAAGAUAACGAAUAUCUGAUUAAUACCACCAAUGUCUACUAUGGUUCUACAUUAAAUAUCACAUCAACUUUUCAUUUAUAUGUUGCGAAUGUAAACUUAUUUGAUAGCUCAAAAAUAAACCUGUUCAAAAUUGAAAAUAAUACAAUUACUCAAAUCAAAACAGAAAUUAAAGGGAUAGUAUUAAGAAAUGGAGAAUACACUCUUAAAAAUUAUAUAAUUCACGAAUAUGCCACAUCAUAUGGUCAAACUAACAUAACCUUAAUUAAUACAAUCAUGUAUUCGAGCAUAAUUGCUGCCCUUAAUUAUGUAGAUUACACAAAAAUUAUUUCAGAAGAUAAAAUAUCAACUCCCCCUGCAUAUCAAUUUUAUCCUUAUAAUAUGCCAGAAGAUGCUUCACAAUAUGUUGGCAAGAAAUACCCAUAUUUCUGCACCAAAGAUAUGAGUUGUUCUCAGUUUGAUAUAUUGAAUACUCGUUUUAUUUUAAUUUCACCACUUAUGAACGAAUUUGCUGUUGGUAAAGGUCUCAAUUUCACGUGUGAUGUGAUUGAUGGAUAUACAUGUUUCGAAUACCAACUUACAUCUAAUAGAUAUACUUCAGCUGUAAUUGGCCUUAAAGAAUAUAAGACUACAAGUGGAAAUAUAGCAGUACUCAUUGUUAUGGCAUUAUUAUCGCUGAUUUCCAUCGGCGUUAUAGUUUUUUACGGAUUCAAAAAAUGA